UGCUUUUUUCUUUAUUUUGCCAAUUCUACAAAAUAGCACAUUACAACCUGCCACUCUCAGCGUGGUGGAAUUGCUGGCAGAAGGGAAUGGCUUACAUCACCUCCACUCACUGGUAAUGCCUAUCACUUCUUUCUCUCUCUCUGCCAGGGAAAGCAAGACUAGUGAACGAGCAGUCCCAGACCUGGUUGGAAUAGGUAUACUCUUAACAUUGUGAGUUUUUCUUCUUUUUCCCCUUUCUUUUUCCAAAGUUCUUUUAGCUGGUCAGUCAGGGAGGAGUAAAGCUAAUGUGAGUAUUGGCAGAGUUUUGUUAUUACUGCUUUGGCUCAAUUCUAACCAAAAACAUGAGUUAAAGUAGAAGAACCUGACUUGACUCACAUGACUUAUUUUAGUUAUGUCUCCAAAUACUUCCUGUGUAUGGAGGGCUUUUUAUUUAUUUUUGUUUGUUUUGUUUUCUUCCCCCUCAGUUUUAUUGAGAUAUAAUUGACAUAUAUGUUGUGCGUGGGUCACCGGCCAGCAGUGACCACAGAACGCUGUGGAUGGCUCGCCGAAAAACACGCGAGAAAACACACAUGUGCAGAGACAAACUAGUUUCUGUGGGGAAGUAGGGACGAAAUGGCCACUUCCCCCUAGUGGGGAGCACCCUGAUUUACAGUCCAUACCUGCUUUUAUUGGGCUCAUUUUGCAUAAUAAUUCAGGUAAAGUACAGUACUCAUUAGGGGGAAGUAAGGAACCAUAGAAAACAAGGAAGUCUGCUGGUCUAUUGAGUCGGGGUCAAAGAGCUGUAAGACUUUGAGGAACAAACUUCCUCCUUGGACCCCUCUCAUUCAACUGAGAGCCUUCUAAACAAAGAAGGUUUCACAGUAAUUUACAUACUCUUUCUUAGGCCUGAUCACCCGGGGAAUCCGCCCUUUUCAGCACAGAGCUGCACCACCCUGUUCUUGUUUCAGGCUUAGGUGGAGCAAGGGAACUAAGGCAAUAAGGAGAUUUUCUCCCAGACGAUGAGAACUCAGGUUUUGUCAAAGCCGAGGAGUGAGGGUCCAUCACCCCCUUUUGCUGCAGCCCCCCAAGUCCUUCUUUUGGGGGGCCUCCCAAAGUGACCGUGCCUGUCUUAGGUCAUUCCCCCCUUGGGGAAUCUUACCCGUCUUUGGUUAACCGACCAAGCUUUUUGGGGUUCAGUUAUGAAUAAAGCAGCAGAAGCAGCAUUCCUGCCAGGGAGAUAAGCUUUUGUCUCCUUGCUGGCUUACGGUUCCAAGGGCGUUCCCUUAGCCUUAGCCUAGGUGGGGGUUUCAGCUUCUGAUACCAGUCAGGGCGGUUCCCAACACAUAUAGCACUGUAUAAGUUUAAGGGAUACAGCUUAAUGAUUUGACUUACAUAUGUGAAAUGAUUACCACAAUAAGUUAACCUCCAUCAUCUCAAAUAUCCAAUAUAUGCAAAAAAUAAAAGGGCCUCUUUCCUUGUGACGAGAACUCAGGACCUAUUCUCAAUAACUUUAAUGUAUACCAUACAACAGUGCUAACUAAUCAUCAUGUUGUACAUUACAUCCCAGUACUUAUUUUAUAACUGGAAGUUUGUACCUUUUGACCACCUUCAACCCAUCUCCCCACCCACACAGAAGGCUUUUAAAAAUGCAUAUAACAUCUGUGGUCAAAAGCUGACUUAAGCAAUUUAUAGUAGGCAGAAUAAUGGCCACCCACCCUCCCAUCCCCAGAAUGUGUGAAUAUAUUAGGAUACAUGGCAAGGGGGAAUUAAAGUAGCUUAUCAACUGACCUUAAAAUAGUCAGAUGAUUCUGGAUUAUCCAGGUGGGCUCAAUGUAAUCACAAGGGCCCUUAGAAGUAAAAGAGGAAGGCAAGAGAGUCAGAGUCCAAGGGAUAUGUAACUAUGAAAAAAGUUCAGAAUGAUAGGAUAUGGGAAGGACUCAACCCACCGUAACUAAAUAUGAGUAUGGAGGAAGGGGCCAAUGAGCCAAGAUGUAACCUCUGGAAGCUGCAGAAGGCACAGAAAUAGAUUCAUCCCUAGAGCCUCUGGAAGUAAACACAACUCUGCCAACACCAUUUCUGCCCGUGAUAUUUGUGUUGGAAUUCUAAACUGCAGAACUCUAAACUAAUGAAUUUUUGCUAUUUCAAGCCACUAAAUUUCUGGAAUACUAAUACAAACGCCUAUCCCCUUAAGGUUCCAGGAGCAGAGUAUGGAGAUUGGGCUCACUGGCAUUUUUUUUUAUUAUGUGGUUUAAAAAGCCCACAGCUGGACCUAUAAAAACUCCUUACUGGGUAUCAUCUCAGCCCUUGGAAACUCCUUCUUUAUCACCCCCUGCCAAGUAAAGGAUCUGGUGAUUACCGCAAUGAAUAGGAUCCCUUCUCUAACAUUUGUUGAGAAGGGAUAAGAUUCUGUUGGAAGUACUUAUUUAGCACAUAAAGAAAAUGUUCAAAGAAUUUAGCUUUAAUUCUUAACCAUCUGAAACAUCCAAGUCUGUUGAAGUGGGGGUUUAACACCACCAGAUUCUCUAACAAAAAUGCCAGAGGAAUUAGAGAAAGUUCUUCCCUAAUCUAUUGUUUUAUCACCAAACUAUCAUAUAGCUCUUUGUUUAAAUAGUAUGUUCCAUGUCUAAUGUAGUGGUUCUGACCGAGUCCUGCUCAUUAACUGGGAGUAAUUAAAAAUAUGCUUCCUCAGGUCCAAACUUGGAACAAUUAAAACAAAAAUACCAAGGUGGGACCCAAGCCAGAGUAUCUCUUUUGAAGCUCCCUAGAUGGUUCUGAUACAAAGUGAACGUUGAGAACUCCUGACAAAAUGGUUGUGUAUGUCAGAAACAACAGAUUUUAAACAAGUUAGGAUAAAGGAAUAAGGUAGUGCACAAUAUAAACAAUGUUACAGAAGGAAGUGUACAAGUUGAUUUGUUCUUGCCCACUUAUAAAAGAUACUUGAAAUAAUCCCCAUGUAGGAAUAUACUACCAUAAAAGGAUUUAGGAUUUAUUUAUAAAAAGGAUCAUAGAAAGUGCAUAUAACUAAUUAAUAGACUGUGGCUAUUGUCUGUUAUUCUCAGAGUCUCUGUGCCUGUUUCCAAAAUUAGGAAAUUUAUCUGCAGUGAAAGAAGAAAAUAUGUAAUACCUGGAAAUCUCUUGUGAAAAAUUCCACUUAGUUUAGCAAAGUUUUUGCUUGCUUUUCAACAUUUUUCUAAAAAAAAAAUCUAAGAAACUUGUUCAACAGUUUCCCAAGUAAAACAAAAGAAUAUUGUUCUUGGAAUUACUGUGGCUCCACUAAAUCUAUCGUGAUAGAAGUAAUGGAGUCAUAAGAAAUUUGACUGCAUUGUCACCAUACUCUGAAGACCAGGACUGUAUUAUCUGAGAAUUCUCAAUUCUUCCUGGAAGAAAAGAUAUAAAUAGGAUGGACAAAAGUCAUGUGUUAAGCAAAGAUAAGUUACUAACCUGCAACACAUGGUGGACAGAUAAAAAGUUAGUAGGGCAUAUACUUGAGAACAUAGAAAAGGCUGGAAUGACCAAGAGAUGCUUAAUAUUCAUGACUCACUAAACAUACAAGAGACACUAAUAUUCAUUAAAUAUUAUAUAUUCCAGACACACUAAAUAUACAUGAGACAUUCAACAUUCACAGGUCUUAGUUCUGCCACCUAGUGGUGACAGUCAUACUGUGUCCCACAUGUCCUGCUCAAGCUGUGCAAAACCUGGACCUGCUCGGAUGAAUUGGCAAGCUACUGCUGUGGACAGAAAUUCUUGCCAGUGUAUCGCUCCAAUAGAGCCAGAGUGUGUCAUUGGCUUAGGCAUCUUCCAUCUCUGGUCCCUAGCUCGAACCUCAACUCUGGUCCAAUUACAAUACCAUCAGCAAGAAGGUCAAUGUGCCAAACAGAGUCAGGGCAUAGGAACACUGCAUAACCACAGGUUUCAAUUCAUGGGUCUUCCCAUCUUAUUUGUACCCUAUCCUAAGUAUGUUAAUUUUCUCUCUUCUACCCCUGUGCUUCUCAUGAUGUCUUAGCCUUUCUUUCUAUGACCUCCAGGAUAACUCACCUGGUAGUAUAUUUGGUGGGUAUCACUGCAUUGAGGUAAUUUCUCACACAACACAAAGCAGCAUUUUAUGUUACAAAAAUUUAACAAAUAAUAAAACUCUUUUACCUAAUAUCCUAUAAUUUUCAACUCUUUGCACUCCAAAGAAUGCCUCUCCUUGAGUGUAGAUUUUCCUGGCAACAAGAGGGAAUCUCUAAAUUUGGCUCUAAGGUACAUCCUUAGAAGACCUUUUAAUCUUUAGGUUUUCUAAAUAAACCAGAUUAAGAAUUUUUAGAAUAUUCAUUAUAGUAGGGUAUAGUUUAUUUUAAUCACAAGAAGCUGAAUUCCUUGUUCCUGAAAAGGCCACUUGAACGGCCCUUUGAUUAGUGCACAUGUUGGGUGACUAGACCUCCUUGUUUCAGGAUUUAGAUUGCAAGCACUUUUGGAGGGUUUUUUUGCCGGGUGUUGGGGGGAGGGCUGCUUGUUAAGGAAACCUACUGCAUUAACUUCUAUUUUUUAUGCAAGGCCUAGCCACAGGGAAGGGCAAAGGGGGUUCUGAAAUAAAGUUACACUGAGAAAAACCUGAAUCAUGGUUUGGUACUGGCCCUGAAUUAAAGUGAUUGUGAAUGGGUGACUUGAAACUGCGAGGUUGUCAGCUGGUGUAAACAGGUAUCAGCCGAAAAAGCUGGUACUCAAGCCUCUUAAGGCAUAAAACACUCUCCGGUGAGGGUAUUACAAAGGGGGUUUCCUUUUCUUAUUAAGAGCAACCCCCCCCCCCCCCAAUAACUACUGUAAUGGGGAAGAGAGGGGUACUCUUUCAUCACCUGUAAUAGGAGGCUGUGCAUUUGAGAACAAUGACUCCAUCUUCCUUUCUACUACUUUUUGAACUGGAAUGCUUACAACUGUUACCUUUUGCCUGUUCAACCGCUGUAUUUUAGGAGUGCUGGGAGCAGAUAACUUAGCCCUUUAGUUUCACAGCCCAUAAUGGUAUUCUGAUUGUGUUGAAGAGAUUGUUAUUUUUUAGCAGAUGCAUACAAAAGUAUACAGGGGGUAAAGUAUCAUGUCUGCAUCCUUUCACAUGCUUCAGGGGGCAAAAUACACCCAAAUAUAGAUGACGCAAAUACAGCAGGUUUUUUAAAUCUAGGUGACUGAUCCUGUCGUGCCCAUGAUGAAAGCUGUUCAAUACAUAUUCAGUUAUAACAAGUUGAAUUUACACUUUGAAAAAAGUUACAUAUUUUCUUAAAAAUAUGUAGUUUGCCAGCAUUAUUUCAGCAGAAUGCAUAAUUGCUAAAUUUGGGUUAUCGAUUUUCUUUACGCUAGGCACAAUGCCUGCGGCGACGCACGCGGCCAUGCGACCCCAUUGCAUUCCCUGCCUGCGCGCGACCUAUAAGCACAGGCAGCAUGGGCUGCUGCUGGUCUGAAUUCCAAGGACCACAUUUCUCACGGUCUAAGUGUUAGUUACUAGCACUUGUCGACGGCUGCUUUUGGUUUUCAGUCUCGGGAUCGACGCCUGCAGGCGUUUCACGCGCAGCUCCAGAAUAGUCUUCUCUCCCCAGCGUGGAAGUGCAGCUCCUCGAGGGCACUGCUGGAGGCGCGCGUGUCUAGACUUCUGAGACACCUCUCCGGACGCACCCGCCUCCAGUCCUUUCGCUAGGUCACCAGCGGAGCAAACAGCAAAGCCGAGUGACGCGAGCUGACCCAUAGGAAAGGUUUCACUACCAGAUCAGCCCUCCGCCGAGUGCUUCCCACUCCUGCGGUCGGUUCCUCCUGGUGCCCCGCCCCCUGCUUCCGAAUUGCCCAAUAGGCGCCUUUGCGGAGCUGGCUUGGCCGGAGGAGGAGGUGUUGGGGCGGCCGGACGCUGAACGGCGGUUCACGUCUACGCGGUGACGUCACGCGCCGACGCACCUGUCGGGCUCCGGAUUUUUUGCUGCUUUUCUUCCCCUUCCUCGGGUCGGGGCGGUCGGUUCCGGAACCUGCGGCGCCUUUCUCGUAGUCUAAGUUCGCCCGCGGCCGGAAUCGGCUGCUUGUUGAGAAAGGAGGGUGUGGUGGGUUGAAAGCCAUUCUACUUCGUCCCGAGUUAGACCUUGGAUUCAGUUUUAGUCUCUUGAAAGUGAUGUUGGAGAUUAUUUUUAAUUUUGGGUAGCAGCAGGUUAACUCUAGGGCCCAACGCAAGCUGAUUCAACUUUAUGCUGCUCCUGUGUUUGGAGGAGGACCAAAAAAACAAAAAGUCCCACCUGGCAAAAUUUCCGUAACCGCUUCAGUCGAAAACCCCAGGUAUUUUUUAAAUUACGAUAGUUCUUGUGUCAAGCUUCUUCAGGUGGAGCUUCCAGGGUUAGCUAGGUUUUGGGUUUGAAACAGAUGCAGAAUCCAAAGGCAGUGCAGAAAACAGCCACCGAUUUUGCUAUGCCUCUGAGCUGCAAGAUAACCAGACAGCUCAAUGGAGUCUGAGCAACUGUUCCAUAGAGGCUACUAUAGAAACAGCUAUAACAGUAUAACCAGUGCGAGUAGUGAUGAGGAGCUUUUAGAUGGAGCAGGUGUCAUUAUGGACUUCCAAACUUCUGAAGAUGACAAUUUGUUAGAUGGUGACACAGUAGUUGGAACUCAUUACACAAUGACAAAUGGAGGCAGCAUUAACAGUUCUACACACCUACUGGAUCUUUUGGAUGAACCAAUUCCAGGUGUUGGUACAUAUGAUGAUUUCCAUACUAUUGAUUGGGUGCGAGAGAAAUGUAAAGACAGAGAAAGGCAUAGACGGAUCAACAGCAAAAAGAAAGAAUCAGCAUGGGAAAUGACAAAAAGUUUGUAUGACGCAUGGUCAGGAUGGCUGGUUGUAACACUGACAGGAUUGGCAUCAGGGGCAUUGGCUGGAUUAAUAGACAUUGCUGCUGAUUGGAUGACCGACCUAAAGGAGGGCAUUUGCCUUAAUGCGUUGUGGUACAACCAUGAGCAGUGCUGCUGGGGAUCUAGUGAGACAACAUUUGAGGAGAGGGAUAAAUGUCCACAGUGGAAAACGUGGGCAGAAUUAAUCAUUGGUCAAGCAGAGGGUCCUGGUUCUUACAUCAUGAACUACAUAAUGUACAUCUUCUGGGCCUUGAGUUUUGCCUUUCUUGCAGUUUCCCUGGUAAAGGUAUUUGCUCCAUAUGCUUGUGGCUCUGGAAUCCCAGAGAUUAAAACUAUUUUGAGUGGAUUCAUCAUCAGAGGUUACUUGGGAAAAUGGACUUUAAUGAUUAAAACCAUUACAUUAGUACUCGCUGUGGCAUCAGGUUUGAGUUUAGGAAAAGAAGGUCCCCUGGUACAUGUUGCCUGUUGCUGUGGAAAUAUCUUUUCCUACCUCUUUCCAAAGUAUAGCACAAAUGAAGCUAAAAAAAGGGAGGUGCUGUCAGCUGCCUCAGCUGCAGGUGUUUCUGUAGCUUUUGGUGCACCAAUUGGAGGAGUUCUUUUUAGCCUGGAAGAGGUUAGCUAUUAUUUUCCUCUUAAAACUUUAUGGAGAUCAUUUUUUGCUGCUUUAGUUGCUGCAUUUGUUUUGCGAUCCAUUAAUCCAUUUGGAAAUAGCCGUCUGGUUCUUUUUUAUGUGGAGUAUCAUACACCAUGGUACCUUUUUGAACUGUUUCCUUUUAUUCUCCUCGGGGUAUUUGGAGGGCUUUGGGGAGCCUUUUUCAUUAGGGCAAAUAUUGCCUGGUGUCGUCGACGCAAAUCCACCAAAUUUGGAAAGUAUCCUGUUCUUGAAGUCAUUAUUGUUGCAGCCAUUACUGCUGUGAUAGCCUUUCCUAAUCCAUAUACGAGGCUCAACACCAGUGAACUGAUUAGAGAGCUUUUUACAGACUGUGGGCCCCUGGAAUCCUCUUCUCUCUGUGACUACAAAAAUGACAUGAAUGCCAGUAAAAUUGUUGAUGAUAUUCCUGAUCGUCCAGCAGGCCUCGGAGUAUAUUCAGCUAUAUGGCAGUUAUGCUUAGCCCUCAUAUUUAAAAUCAUAAUGACAGUAUUCACUUUUGGUAUUAAGGUUCCGUCAGGCUUGUUCAUCCCCAGCAUGGCCAUUGGAGCCAUUGCGGGAAGGAUUGUGGGGAUUGCCGUGGAGCAGCUUGCCUAUUACCACCACGAUUGGUUUAUCUUCAAGGAGUGGUGUGAGGUCGGGGCUGAUUGCAUUACUCCUGGCCUUUACGCCAUGGUUGGUGCUGCUGCGUGCUUAGGUGGUGUGACAAGGAUGACCGUCUCCUUGGUGGUUAUUGUUUUUGAGCUCACUGGAGGCCUGGAGUAUAUUGUUCCCCUUAUGGCCGCAGUAAUGACCAGUAAAUGGGUUGGAGACGCCUUUGGUAGGGAAGGCAUUUAUGAAGCACACAUUCGGUUAAAUGGAUACCCUUUCUUGGAUGCAAAAGAAGAAUUCACUCACACCACCCUGGCUGCGGAUGUCAUGAGACCUCGAAGGAACGAUCCUCCCUUGGCUGUCCUGACCCAGGACAAUAUGACAGUGGAUGACAUAGAAAAUAUGAUUAAUGAAACCAGUUACAAUGGCUUCCCUGUCAUCAUGUCAAAAGAAUCUCAGAGAUUAGUGGGAUUUGCCCUCAGAAGAGAUCUGACAAUUGCAAUAGAAAGUGCAAGAAAAAAACAAGAAGGAAUCGUGGGCAGUUCCCGUGUGUGUUUUGCGCAGCACACCCCGUCCCUCCCGGCAGAAAGCCCCCGGCCCUUGAAGCUGCGCAGCAUUCUGGACAUGAGCCCUUUCACGGUGACGGACCACACGCCCAUGGAGAUCGUGGUGGAUAUUUUCCGAAAGCUGGGUCUGAGGCAGUGCCUUGUAACUCACAAUGGGCGCCUCCUUGGCAUUAUAACAAAAAAAGAUAUCCUCCGUCAUAUGGCCCAGACGGCAAACCAAGACCCCGCCUCAGUAAUGUUCAACUGAAUCUCAUGGACGAGGAGAGAGAGGAGGCAGAAGAGGAAGUCCGUUUGUUGAAUAGCACAACUCUGUAACCUGAGGGAGUCGUCUACUUACAGUUCUCCUUUAAACAAGCAAACAGACAAACAAAAAGGAGAUAGAAAAGCCAGGCUUUUGCAGCAUGGUUUGCAAAUAGUGCUGCUGGAAUAAAGGAAUUGUUUGAGAAGGGAAAGGAGAGAGAAGGAAAUGAGUGAGGUAGAGCAGCCAACCCACUCCUGUUCUUCUGCAUGGGAUGCGCUUUCUGCCGAGGACGGGUCCUGAGAGUGAGGCUUGAGCCCCAGCCGAGAGGACCCUGGAGCCCAGCUCGGAGCGCCUGGCCUGUUACUCCAACAUCGCCAAGACAUGAAAUCAGUCCCUGUUCCUGGAGGGAUAACUUUGAAUUGAGCCAUCUGUGAGACUGCAGGUCUUGCCCUUUUUUUAUCAAAACUGUUCUGUUUAAUUCAUGAAUUGUAUAGUUAAGCAUUACCUUUCUACAUUCCAGAAGAGCUCUCGCCCCUCUCCCUCCCUCUCCCCCUCUCUUUCUCUCUCUUGCUGUAACAAAGCCUCUUUAAAUCGGUGUACCCUUUGAAGCAGUCCUUUCUCAUAUUGAGAUGUACUGUGAUUUUGCUGAGGUUUCAUCACAAGAAGGGAGUGUUUCUUGUGCCACUAGCCCUGCCGCCGGCACCAUCACUGAGUGCCUGGAGCAGUCACAGGCACCACAGCACAGACUGACCAGACAGGUAAACUCUCCAGUGCAGCAUGAACAAAACCCCUCCGCUUGUGUGCCGUGUGGUUCCGAGUCCACAAUGAAACGUGAUUGUACGGAUAAAGUCUUCUUUUUGUUUUUUUUCCUCUCAGACUUCAUGGGUAAUGUGGCCUGGUCUUACGCAUAUUUUCUGUCUCUGAAACUACUAUGAUAUGCAAGUGCUGUGUGGCGUAAGGAGACAGAGUGCUGCUGCUUUGACGGUAAAGGGAAGGAAAUACCCUGUCUAGCUGUGUCUGGUAUUAACUGCACGUUUAAACACUGGAAUUUUUUUUUUCUUGAAAUAAGAUCAGUCAUUUUUUUCUUUCCUCAAGAUAUUUUACUGCUGACACUGAAGAAAUGUAAUUCAUAACUUGCACUAAAUGUAUAUUUCUUCUCCUAAAAAUUUACCAUUCUUAUUUAUAUUUUUAUGGAUUAAAAUUUAUAAAAUACAGAUCAGUUAAUAUUUCACUUAAAUAAUUUUACCUUUUUAAUGCAAUUUUUAUAGACUAAUUCAGACUUACAAAUACGGAGAUAUGAACACAAAGUUUACAGUGGGAACGAGGGUGUACGAGAGGCGGUGGCGGCUUCUCUCUGGUCCAGUGUGUACAUAACCCUUUCUCUGGUCUUCACUGCCACCCUCCGCCCUGUCCAUUCUGACUCAUUAACUGGAGAGUGGAAACACUACACAUCACUUUGCAGAUUAAAAUCAAAUGUUAAAUAGUGUUUACCUUUUAAAAAAAUCAAGUGGAAACAAUAAAAUUGCAAAGGUAGCAGUUAAAAUCAUAAUCUGAACAUAAGCUUUGAAUCUUUGGAUAUGUCGCAUCCACAAGUGUUCUGUUCAGUGACAUUUUGACUAGCCACAGUGCACAUUUUUGCAGGAUGAAUUGAAAAGGUACUGGGGUGUUUCAGGGGUUUUUGUUUUUGGAAAUGUCUGUCUUAAUCAUGAUCUGAAUUCACUAUUGGCAAAGGCAGUUUUACUUGAAGGACUGGCCUAAAUAUUCUGUGAUUAUGCAUUCUGGGCCGAAAAGUGAAAUUUUUGCAGACAGACAUUUUCUGAAACAACUGGCAAUGAGCUGCUCUUUGGAAAUGUCUCUUCCUAGCUUUUAAUAAUAAUAAUAAUAAUAAUAAUAUAUCUGUAAGAUCUUGAAGAUUUAUAAGAUCACAAAGCCAUAUUAGAAUAACAGUCGAAAGUUGAGCAAAGUUUCAGCAAUUUUGUGAAACAUGCUGAGUUUUGCUAUCUGCCUAAAGUUAGUAUUUUCUCCAAGACAUUCCCCACUUUGGCAGACUUCAGAAGGUUUCCUUAGUGGUCUUUCCGAGUUUAUUUGACCAUCCAGAGUGAAAUAACUUACCUCCAGCUUGUCUGAGUGCAUUUGCAGAGUGCAAGGCACUGCUAGAGUGGGAGCCCUGCAGGAUUGGCUACUGAGUAACUUGCUUGUCCUCAAUUACAAGCCUUCAAAGGAGGGACGAGCUUCUUUGCAGAUAGCUUCAUAACAUUCAACUUCACAUGGAUUUCUUUUUCUGUGUUUUCUUUUUUGAUUUUAGGGCCUCCUUUCAUUGCCCAUCCUGGUUCAGAGACUGACAUUUCAGGGUGGAUAGUAAUUUUCUUCUUGAUUUGUUUCCACCCUGAUAUGUCUUACAGCUGAAAUACAGGAAAAGUGCCAUAUUUUUAUGCGUUCAGUGGUUUUCUUUGGUAUUCUGAUCUGUUCCAUUUUUCUUUUCUUCUUGUUGAGGUGUGUCUGCUUUUUAACCAAACCAUGAAUAGUGGAGACCAUGAAAUAUGUGUGCCUAGCUGAUUGGCAAAUUAAUUGACCGAUAGAGUAAAUGGAGCGCCUUAUUUGAGUACCCUUUUUGAGAAGGUAUGAUGAGAAUGGGCAAGGCUGUCAGCAUCUCUUCUUAAUAAUUGUUUUCAGUUUGGUUCAUGAAGAAUGCUUAGUUUGUUAAUCUGUGAUGUUGCCUAGAGCUGUAUUUAUCUGUUUUCAUUUAUACUAGUGUAGUAAAGCUGCAUAUCAUUACAGUAAAAAUGAUUACUGUGAUGAGUUAAUCAGAAUAUCUAUUAAAAUCUAUAUGACAA